AUGGACGUGACCACAUUUGUCGUCGAAGAAGUUGGAGAAAUAAUAAAAGAGUCUGUUGAAGCGGCCAUUGGUGGAAACAGCUACCAGCACAACAGAGUGAAUCAGUGGACAACCAGUGUGGUGGAGCAGUGCCUCAGUCAACUCAGCAAACUGGGAAAGUCAUUCAAAUAUAUCGUCAACUGUGUCAUUAUGCAGAAAAAUGGAGCCGGCCUGCAAACAGCUAAUGCUUGUUUUUGGGAUAACACCACCGAUGGAAGCUGUGCAGUCAGAUGGGAAAACGAGUCCAUGUACUGCAUUGUCACAGUGUUUGGAUUGGCAAUUUGA